AUGCUAGGACCCAGGUGCCCCACGAGUCCACUGAGUCCGCCCCGCCUCCAGCUGCACAGACCCCUCCUACUCCUGCCGGCCCGGCUUUCUCGCCAGCGGAUUGAGCAACUCCCCCUGCGCCGGCCUGGCCCCGCCUCCCCCGCCUCAGGGACCCGCCUACUCCGGCCGGCCCCGCCUCUCGCCUGCGGCCUGAGGACGUCUCUCGGCCUCCGCCAACCCGCACCCUCCGUCGUGCGGACCCCGCCUCCCGCCUGCCCAAAGAACUCGCCCGGAACCCGCGGGCCUCGCCUCCCCGCUUGCUGCGUGAGAGAUUCGACCUGCGGCUUUCGGCCCCGCCCGCUUGGCUGGCUCCGGGCUCUACUCACUGGUCCGGGGGUCUCCGGCCACGCCUGGUCACCUCUCCGAGUCGAGAUUCCCCAGCCAGCUCUCGCCGUACCUCAGGAACACGGAAAAGAACACUCAAGGUUUUCCAAAUUCCAGAAGGAUCAGGGAGGUAGUAAACGUGAAUGUUUCAUCUUUGUUUACAAAGGUAUGUUUUUACCAAAUUGUUGCAUGUCAUUAAUAGCUUAACAGAAAAAGUUUUCUUUUUCUGGAAGGAGCACUUUAAAGAACUGGCAGCCUUUCAGACAAAAAGUCAUAAAAAUUGUAAUUACCC